AUGGUACCGUUAGAAGGUCUGGGCUAUCUGACCUUCCUCAUGACUAUCCGUCAUGCCCAAUGUACCACCGUCAUCGGAUGUGUCGAUAUCCCCCAUCUCAAUAUCAUUGUCUUUCUCGGCCCCGCUGAGAUCCUCAAUCCCGUUGGACUCCUCGGCCCCGUUGAGAUCCUUAAUGCUGCUGAGAUCUUCGAUAUCAUUGAGUUCCUCGGUACGAUGAAAAUCCUCGAUCCUGUCGCAGUUCUCAGUCACAAAGUCGUCAUUGACAGUGCUUCCCUCCAGAACCGUAAGCCCAUCUCGCUCAACCACCGGCGCAAUCCCAGAAAGAUUCCGGAAACUCUCAUAAUAAAACCUCACCAGACGCAACCGCUCCAUAUUACUAGCCGCAGUCCGAGACCCCGUCAAAAUCGAAGCAAGAACACGGUCAGAAAGAUGCGGCGGGAUACCCUCAUAUCUCGGACGAUCGAUACGACCGGGACUAGUGAUACUGAUUUCAAGUUCAUCUGCAUCGACUGUCAGCUCCCUGCACGAGUGGUGGUUCGCAUUCACAUUCGGCGUUUCUGA